GAAUGCGGUGUGUGGCUGUCCGAAAAUGCUGCUGAAACUAAAACACGCAAACUACUGCCAGUCUGUAACCGGAAGCCGAAUAUGAGGACAGAAAAUUUUGUAAUUCUCGUGCAUAACAUAUUCGGUGGACCGCUGGGCAGUAACAAUGAGCGUACCUUAACACCUCUGCAAAUGUUUCUCCACACAGCAAUACUGAUCGGUACGAGCGGUGCAUUGUUCAUCCUUUGUCUGUGCGAUCUACACCGCAUGCUGUACCAGCGCGACCUAGUGCUAAGUGUUAUCGAUCUGCUAAUGUUGCUUGGGAUUGCGAUCACAGUGUUUACGAUCCAAGCGUCUGCGCUGAUAAAGUAUGUACAAAAACCGACCGAAUCCAUUCUUCACUAUCUUGACGAUAUAGACGGCCAUCUGUACACACUGAGCAUACGGCACGAUCCUGCCCAACGGCUUCGGUUUAAUUGUGCCGCCUGUUUUGCAAGCGCAAUCGUCCUAUCAAUUGGCUAUCUGCUGGCGAAUGUGUUGCGAAUUAGCCGACCGAAUGCAGUGGUCUUUGCGUUUAAAACUUACGGCAUAUUUGUGGUGUUGCUCAUGCACGGACUGUUUCUCGUGUUCAGUCAUCAAAUCCUGACGCGUGUUCGAUGUAUGAGCAAGCACCUGAAGAAAAUGAUAAGCACUACCAACACUGGCACGGAAUACGGUAGCAUACGAUUGGGCAGAGAUCUUCGAACGUUGGCCACGGUACAGAUGCAGUGCUUCCGGGCGGUCAAUCGUUUAAACGAGGAUUGUGGUUUACCAAACGUUACCAUCUUUGGAAUGUUUUUCUACGUUCUCACGGCGAAAUGCUUUCAACUGUUUUACGUCUGCUCAAUCGAGUUUAGGCUGCACGGGUUUCAAUUCAGUCACAUUUUAGAACCCAUCGUGCUGAUAGUGGCAGUGUUUUCCUACUUUUUCACUACUACUUAUCUUGGAGAAUUGGUGCUAAGAGAGACACAGCUCGUGAUCAACAAUCUCCACAAAUUUGAGUCCAAGCAUUCGAUGCGACCCCAAAAGACGAACUACUCUGAGUUAGUUGAACAACUCGGUCAUCAAAUCCUGCAUCAGCCGAUCUGUUUUACCGUCAUGAACUUCUUUCAAAUAGAUUUCAAAUUUUUCCAUCUGGUCAUGGCAUCGGUUGGAACGUACCUAAUCAUAUUGUUACAAUUCGACUUUCAAAAUUAA